AUGGUUGACCCAAUUUCGAUUCUGUCCCUCGUGGAUUUGUGUCUAAAAUAUGGGAAAUUACUGGUGCACACAUGUUCCGCAUUUGCUCAUGCAAGCAAUGAGCUUCAAGAGCGAAAGGUUCGGGUGAACCAUCAUUGGAUGCGAACUGAAGUUCAGCUCGAGGUACUUCAACAAGUUGAGGGAACCCUAAAUGAAGUACACCGGAAUAUUCAACAGGAAACCCUUCAGAUACUUCUCAGCAAACUUCAAAUCGCAAAUGAGAGCCUUGAGGCCGUCUCGAAGGAUACCAGACCUGGAAAGGAUGAAAUGCGAAUUCGAAAAUGGAAAUACGCCUUGUUGCAGCAGAAGAUCGAUAAGGCCAUUCAAGAACUCGAGCUCUGGCAGCAGGUAUUUGAUCCGUCGUGGUACCUAAUUGUGAUGAGUACAUCUGGCAUUGAUACUACACUACACUCGCAUCCGCGUGGUCCAAUCGGUGCCCCACACACUCCAAUCUCGUCCGCUCGAUUACUGAGGACCGCACUUCACUCCGACGAAUCUUCUAGAAUACCAGUUUUCCUCCCCGAAGAAGGUCUAAAAUCCCUACAACUUUGCGAUAUCCCACUCUCUACUGCACGUAUCGGGCAAGGAAGAGCUUCUACAUCGUCGCAGUUUGUUCUAGAGCAAUAUGAACUUUCCCCAGAAUUGAAUUUGAGACAAUUCGAGAAAGACAGCCGCGACCUAGCACAGAAGCUAGCUUACUCGGAUGCUCUGGAGUUUGGUCUACUCAACUGCAAAGGUGUUGUCAGACACCAAGAUAAGAACGGGGGCGAACUGAGUUCAAAGGCGUUGACCUUUAUUUUCCGAGUUCCUUCGGGAUUUUCGCAGCCGCGCAGUCUCCGGAAGAGUUUAAAGGAUAUUGCACGAACCGAGUCCUUAUCUGAUCGUCUUAGAAUUGCACGGGGUCUUACGAAAGCAGUCAAUUACGUUCAUAUAUUUGGUUUCGUCCAUAAGAACAUCCGCCCGGAGACUGUUAUACUACUGAACAACGGACCUACUGGGAUAGGUUCUACGUUCCUUAUUGGGUUCGGUAAUUUCCGGGCCGCAGAAGGAAAUACUUUGAGAAAGGGCAGUUCCGCAUGGCAGAAAAGCCUGUAUCAGCAUCCUACUCGCAUGGGGGUUACUCCUACGGCCGAUUAUAUUAUGCAACACGACAUUUACAGUCUGGGGGUCUGCUUGCUUGAAGUUGGGCUCUGGGAGAGCUUUGUGGAUUAUGAGAAUGCUGAGGCACUUUUGCCCCACGCAAGCGAAAAGCCGGUUGCUAUUCACGGUUACUCUUUAGAUGACAGUGUUCAACCUUCACGUUUCAAGGACCAUCUACUCUCAUUGGCGCAGGGCGAAUUAAGGAGCAGAAUGGGCACUAUCUACUCUGAGGUUGUAGUCACCUGCCUUACCUGCCUUGACCCUGAGAAUGUUGAUUUUGGCGACGAGCGAGAAUUCCAAGAUGAAGAUGGAAUCUUGGUUGGCGCUCGAUAUAUUGAAAAGGUCAUCAUGCGACUCAAUGCCAUUUCCAUCUAA